GGCUGCCUUCAUGACAGGAAGAUAUGCCCAUAAAAUCGGACUUCAAGAUGGUCCUCUUGUGGAAAGUCAACCUGCCUAUAUAAACAGUACUUUCAAGACAGUCGCGGAGAAACUCACAACUAACUAUGGAUAUGCUGCACAUAUGAUCGGCAAAUGGCAUUUAGGAUUUUGCAAGGAGGAAGUCACACCAACAUAUCGAGGGUUUAGCUCCUUCUAUGGAUUUUAUGGCGGCGGCGAAAACUACUACACAUACACAUCUGGAAAGAAUAAUGUGAAAGACUUUUGGAAAAAUCUCACGGCAUUUGAUCCACAGAACCCUGACUAUCCCACAGAGGACGUAGAUGGAUAUUCGACGUUUGAGUAUGUUAAGCGAGCUAAGGAGAUUGUGAAGAACCAUGACAAAUCUCAGCCGCUGUUUAUGUAUCUGGCUUUCCAAACUCCACACUCCCCAUUAAUGGCUCCACAAGAAUAUAAAGACAAGUAUCCUGGCACAUGGGCAUACACAGAGACAGACGGAUCGACGGUUACCACGGAUAGAUCUACUUUCUAUGCGAUGGUGACCGCCCUUGACCAAGCCAUCGGGGAUCUGCACACUGAACUAGAAAAUCAAGGAUUGUUGGAAAACGCCAUUAUCGUUUUCACAUCUGACAAUGGCGGACUUCCAAGACAGGGAGGGUUUAAUAACCCUUACAAGGGCACCAAAGGGACCUACUAUGAAGGAGGAAUUCGUGUUCCCGGAUUUAUAUACAGCAAGACUUUAAUCACACAGUCAGGCUACAGAAGCCAGGAAUUGUUUCACGCUAGCGAUUGGAUGCCUACCUUCAUUAGUUUGGCUGGAGGAAGUGCAGAUCUGACUUCUGACAGCGACUUAAGUAGUAUUGAUGGAGUGGACGAGAGUCAGAUGCUACUUAACAAUGGGAUUUCAGCUAGGUCUAAAGUUGUCAUCAACAUCAACAAUCCGUCACUUUCGUCGAGUAUAUAUGGAGUAAUUAAGCAAUAUGGAUCAGAAGUUUGGAAAUACGUUCAGGGAGCCAUUGGUAGCAGAAACAUAGUGUACACGGCCACCAAAGUCAGCAGGAAGAGAACCUUUAUGGACCGACUGGAGGACUUGUUGAAACGAAGCAAAACAGGCAGAACCAAACGGGCCAUCAGCGACAAGUACCUGUUCAAAAUAUCGGAUGAUGUGACAGAGAGUAACAAUUUGUAUGGAGACUCAACUCCGGACAUUCAAAGCAUUCAAGCGGACCUAGAAAAGGAAGUUAGAAUUCAAAGGCGAGCAGCGGUCCCUUCUAUGUCUCCAUACACUUGUAACAGUCCCAACAACGAACUAGACGGAUUCUAUACUGCUGGGGCUGGGGAAGGGUGGUGCGGAUGUACUCAGUAAUGGCAGGUUUAAUAGAUAUGGGAUAUACGGCAGACAUUACAUAAAAUUACUUAAUAUAUACUAUGAUUCAACAUGCACAAAGAAUAAUCUAUUUGGGAAAUUUACAAUCAAAGGAACUGAAUUCUAAUGCAUUAAAAAAGGUGAUCAAACUCAUCGCAAUUUAGGACAGUCAUACAACAUGUACGUAGUUUUAAAAGAAAGUCUGUACAAUAUUACAAGCCUGUAAUGAAGAUUAUAAAAUUAAUAUUCUUACUCUGCUUUUGUAACACUGCAUAUCAUGAUGUCAAUAAAAUGUAAGAAAAUGGUA